AUGAAUGUGAUGGAGCCACUCACUCCAGCCCACGGCCCACCUGUCAGCUCCCAAACCUGGACCGGCGUUGGUAAUGGCCCCAAGCCAAGGACCUCCAAAGAUCUCGAUGUCUUUGACGAUGACUUGGAAAAUAAGAUGGCUUUAGAAGAGACCCCUUGUCGUACUCAGAGACAGCCCCUCUCCUCUUCUACAAUCCGGCCCCAGCCUUCCAAGAUGAAGUGGAAGAGAGUAGCUAAGAAGACAUACCAAGAGAGCGAUGGAGACUACGAGGACGAGGGCCCACCAUCACAUUCUUCCUCUCCCCCAAAGAGAAAGAAGCAAAAGCAGCCCAAUCAGGGUUCUGAUCCUCUCGAAGAGAUGCUGGAACUCCUCGAUACGGAAGUGGUUCCAACAGCUAAGCCGCAGCUUCCAAAAGGUCAGCGCAAGUCAAACGCCCGAGCCCCCAACACGCCUUUUUCAAAACAAAAUGGGGUUCGAAGACGAAAGAACCCUGGCCAAAGCGGAAAGGCAGCGAAUGAUACAAAGCCUCCACGAGUCGUUGCAGAUGCUGAAACGUCUUCCAACUUGCCCAAUAAGCCGCGUUCAAAGCCUCCCCAGAAGAGGCGUAGAGCAAAGGAACCAUAUCAGAGCCCCUCCAAGCAUGACGCCCAGCCUCCGAAGAAGAAGCCGAGGGGUAUUCAUCAGUCACAGCCUGCCGAAUACAGAUCUGAUCCGCCCUCAUCACCAGCUGCAAACAACGAGGAGGAUGGUCCUUCACAGAGCAGACCUGACCUGCCACUAGAGUGCCCAAACGACCCCAUCGAGAUAUCAUCCUGUUCCUCGUCGGAUUAUGGCUCCUUUGCUCUUGAAGAACUGGCCAAUCUCCCAGAUACUUCCAACGUUGAGGGACCCGCUCACGAGCCGACACCUAGCCCGCACAAGGAGGCUUCGCCAAUCCAAACUAGGGCGGGUCUGGACGAGCCUGGCACUUACAACGAGGAGAUACGGGACUCAUACGAGCCCGCUCUUAAACCAAUAUGGGACAAGUACUUGGCAGCUUCCAGCCCAAGCCCCGAUAAUUCACAGCCAGCACUCCCCUCUGAAAGCCCUGUGCGCACCCCAGCACUAGUCUCUAAUCAUGUCCAACCGUCGAAGAACCCAGUAUCGUGGCGUGUGUGCACACCAGCACCAGAGCCUCUUGCUCUCGCUUCCAGGAGUGAUCCAUUUGGAGAUGACGAUGUCCCUCAGCCAACGGAGUUCACUGCACAACUACUCGGAGUCACUUGCGACGAGGGACGCGGAAAUCGACAAACACUUCGCCAGGUCAAGACGAAGCCAGACAGAGAGCACGGGGAGAAGUUGCACAUCGUUGGGGAUGCGAUGAUGCGAGCUCUUACAGCCGACCGGUCCCGGAAUAGGCAACACGUUCCCACUCCGUUGCCAGACUCUGACCGGCAUGCCAACGGGCGGCCCUCUCAACAGGAAGCGGAGGAUAGCUCUGACAAGCAGAACACGGUCGAAGAGUGGUGGAAGAGUGUGACUGAGCCGAGUGUCCGGGACUUGGCAGCGACCAUGAGUUCCAUCACCAAGAAAAUCGUACGUUUCUUUGUGUCUGAGCAGACUGCCACCAAGGAUGUCGUCGAUGAGUACGAGAAAGGUGGCCGACGAGCGAUACACAAUGUGACAAGGAGGCACGAGUCGGAGAGGAAGCAAAGCCUGCAUGCCAUUGAGAACCAGAAAUUGCGUUUCAUUGAGACGUGUCGCAACGCGGGCAGAGACAACCAUGCAGCAGCGAAGAAACUCGCGUCCAUCGAUCUCGCUUCGUUGAGUGACAGCUUGAAGGAGGACAACCUUGACAAUGACCUGAGGAAGCUUAGGGACGAGUACAAAAUGGAAACUUGCAGAUGA